CUGCAGGGGGCGCUGCGGCCGGGAGGCGGAGGCGGAGGCUGAGGCGACUUCUGACAACACGCUGUUUUUGUGAAUGGCGGCGGGACCGAUCUCGGAGCGAAACCAAGAUGCCACUGUGUACGUGGGAGGCCUGGAUGAGAAAGUGUCCGAACCGUUGCUAUGGGAACUGUUCCUCCAGGCAGGGCCGGUGGUCAACACUCACAUGCCCAAGGACAGAGUGACCGGGCAGCAUCAAGGUUAUGGCUUCGUGGAGUUCCUUAGCGAGGAGGACGCCGACUACGCCAUCAAAAUCAUGAACAUGAUCAAGCUGUACGGCAAGCCCAUCCGCGUCAACAAGGCGUCGGCCCACAACAAGAACCUGGACGUGGGGGCCAACAUCUUCAUCGGCAACCUGGACCCCGAGAUCGACGAGAAGCUGCUCUACGACACCUUCAGCGCCUUCGGGGUCAUCCUGCAGACCCCCAAGAUCAUGCGGGACCCCGACACGGGCAACUCCAAAGGGUACGCCUUCAUCAACUACGCCAGCUUCGACGCCUCUGACGCGGCCAUCGAGGCCAUGAACGGGCAGUACCUGUGCAACCGGCCCAUCACCGUGUCCUACGCCUUCAAGAAGGACUCCAAGGGGGAGCGGCACGGCUCCGCGGCCGAGAGGCUGCUGGCCGCCCAGAACCCGCUCUCCCAGGCCGACCGGCCUCACCAGCUGUUCGCCGAUGCCCCCCCUUCCCUCUCCGCCCCCUCGCCCGUCAUCACCGCCAUGGGGCCCGGCAUGCCCCCUCCAGGCAUGCCCCCUCCCGGCGCCUUCCCUCCCCCGGGGCCCCCCCCCGGGAUGAUGCCCGGGAUGCACCCUCAUUCGAUGCCCCCCUCCUCUGGAGUCCCGGGACCACCGACAGGAGGAGCACCAGGCUCGGGACCCCCCCCUGGACCGCCCCCCUUCCCCCACGGAGCCAUGCACCCAGGAAUGCCUCAGAUGCAAAUGCACCCCCCUGGCCCUCCAGGAAUGGUGCCCCCCCCCCCGGGACUCGGAGGCCAGGCUCCGGUCCGAGUCGUGGUGGGGGUGGGCGGUCCGUACGUGGGGGGGCCUGGGGGUGUGUACCCGUAG